AUGAGCAGUGACGCGCGCUCAGCAAGCAACGGGUCUGGCCCCGCGCGGGACCUCGCACUUUCCUGCGCCGAACUGACGCUGCAGCGGCGCGGGAGCGAUGCGACCUUCACCGCGACCAACACCACGGAGGCCCUGCUCACCGUGCACGUCUCGGCGCCCUCUUCAGAUGCCUUCGAGUGGGAAGUAGAGGGCGCUCUGAGCCACCCGGUGUCUGAUCCAGAGUCCAUCUGCGCCAUCGUGGCCCCCAAUCAAGAGUUCGUCGUGAGAGUGCGCUGCGGGCCGCCGGGGUCCGCGGCGCUCGACGAGCACCCGAGCGAGACACUGCGCGACGUCAUCGCGCUCGUGACCCCGAACCAGGCGCACCGCGUGCGCCUCGUCGCGCCCGGCAGCGGGGAGGGCGCCGAGGCUGCCUACCCCUCCGAAGAGUGGAUCAACGCCGGGCUCGAGGACCUCGAGCGGCGCGUCCGGCAGCUCCUGCACGAGCCGGACCCCAGCGAGGCGCCCGCGGCGAGCACGCGCCCGGAGCCCCUCCCGCCCGCGCCCGCGGGGCGGCCCGCCCGGCCCACCGAAGACGCCGCCGCCGACCACGCCGAGGUCGCCGCCCUGCGCAGCCCGCGCGCCGCACGCGCGCCGCCGGCCGGCGAGCCCGCGAACGAGGAUGAGUGCGCCCCUGGCCCAGUGCAGCUACAGCUGAGCCCGCGCCGCAAGGGUGCCGCCGCGGCCGCAAAGGACGCGCAGCCCGCGGAGGACGACAAGCCGCACGUCGUCGGGGGCCUCCCGGCGUUCACGACGGGGGGGGGAAGUGCUUCGAACCCCCCCCCGGACUUUUGGGACGUCACGCCCGUCGAGAUGCCCGUCAUCCGCGCGUCGAUCCAAGUCAAGGGCCGCGUCGCCACGGUGGUCCGCAGCGACUCCGACGCCGCGUCCAGCGGCGCGCCGGUGGCCGGCCCCGCGCGCACGACGUCCCGCGGCGGCCCCGGCAGCGUGGGGAGCUCGAAGCAGUCCAGUCCGGCCAAGGCGGGCGCGGCGGUGUCGCUCAAGUCAGGGGGGGUGUUUGAGAUUGACGGCGUGAUGUACGACGCGAAGGGGAGGCCGCUCGCGGACGCGAAUGCGCCGCGCCCCGUGAGCAAGGCGCCGGCCAAGCGCACCGCGGGUCGGGCGGCCGGUGUGCGGGAGGGCAACGAGCGGGAGACGGGGCGCUGGGGCGUGAUUUGGGGGACGGAUCAGGACUCGGGGGGCAGCGACUGCGCGGGCACGAGCGAGCAGGGGCGCGGGAGGGCCGCUGGGGAGCCGGCGGCGCGGGCGAGCGCGAAGGCGGGGACUGCGCGCGGGCAGCAGGUUCGCACGACGACGGUGGCGAGCACACGCGACCUGAACCGGAACUGGGACGCGAUCGAGGGGGUGUGA